AUGACCACAUUAUUGCAAUACCCCCCCCCUGGCUUGGAUUAUGGAAGUGAUGAAAGUUCACCAGAACCGGAGGAGGAUCCGUUGGAGAGCCACAUGUGUAUUGAUUGCUAUAGUAUCGCGAUGAAAAUCGUACAGCAGCCCAAAGGAACGCCACUAGCGGACAAAUAUCUCGCCGUGCAUGAGUUAAGCAAUGAGGAAAUAGUUCUUUUUGGUAACGCGUUGAAGGAAAGCGAUAUUGAUCCCGAAGGCGAUGACUUUAUUCACUGUGAUAGAUGUAACUGUUAUUAUCGUGCCUCUUGUAAGGAGCACCCUCUUUUUUGGGUGAAGGAUCGUGAACCGGUUGGUAUGGUGUUCGGCCCAUAUCAAGGCAUACUGCUGGAAGAUGCUUCUGAAGCGGAGAAAGACGGAUAUUGUUGGGAACUUCGAUACCACGUUCGAUGGCUCCAGUAUGCUUACAACUAG